AUGAACGACGAAAUGAAGAAUAAUGUUAAAGAAACUAGGGAAUUAUAUUCCAUGAUACAUCAAGAAUAUGUUAUUAUGGCAGAAUAUCGUAUGUUGCAAACGGAGAAUCUACAAGGAAUAUAUGUAAUUCCUUCUUAUGAGAAUUCAUUCGUGUGGUUCGGAGUUAUUUUUGUGAGAGCUGGAUUUUAUGAAGGAGGUGUUUUUAGAUUUACGUUAACAUUGCCAGAAAAGUUUCCUGAUGAAGAAGUUCCUAUUUUGACAUUCACAUCAAGCUUAUAUCACCCAGCAGUUGAUGCUCAUACUGGUGUUCUGAAUUUGAAUGAAGUUUUUCCACAGUGGGACCGAAAACAGAAUCACAUCUGGCAAAUUCUAAAAUAUGUGUAUUCAAUAUUUCAUAACUUAAAUGUUAAGGCUCCAGCAAAUGUUGAAGCUUCUGUUGCUUACAAAAGCAAUAAGAAAAUGUUUUUGGAGAAAGUAAGAGAAUGUGUUGUUUUAAGUAUAGACCAUGUUUAUGAUGAUCCACCUACAGAAGAUAAGCAUUACAUAACAUUUAAGCCGUAUGAUCCAGAUGUUCAUGAUACUGUCAAAAAUAUAAUGAUGAAAACCCCUGUAUCAAAUGAAGGUAUUAACCAAGGAAUUUCUUGGGUACAACCAGGGUCAUUUCAAGCCUUUUCUAAAGAAGAAACAACAUAG